UUCCAAACUUCAUUUCUGUGGAUUUUGCAAAUGAAGUCGAACCCGGGCGGGCCGAGGAGCUGACUGGUGAUGGCGGAGGACAUUACCACUCUCACUGAAGAGGAUGCUUUUGAUGAGAAAUCCCCUCGUUGUUCGGACACAGAGGCUUUGAGUCAAGGAGACAAAGAUUACGAUGACAUCCUGGAACUUAAUCAGUUUGACGGCCUGCCUUACUCCUCCAGGUUCUACAAACUGCUGACAGAGAGGAAAGAGCUGCCGGUGUGGAAGGCAAAGUGUGAAUUCAUGGAUGCUUUGGCUAAAAGACAGUUUGUGGUUGUCAGCGGUUCUGCCAAAACUGGAAGGAGCUCUCAAAUCCCUCAGUGGUGCUCUGAAUUCUGCCUGUCAGCGCAGUUCCAGCAUGGGAUGGUGGUUUGUACCCAGAUCCACGCGCAGCAGGCGGUGGAUCUGGCGCUGAGGGCGGCCGACGAGAUGGACGUCAACAUCGGGCAUGAAGUCGGCUACACCAUCCCCCUGGAAACGUGCUGCACCAACGACACCGUCCUCAGGUACUGCACGGACGACAUGCUCCUCAGAGAGAUGAUGUCGGACCCCCUGCUGGAGCGCUACGGCGUGGUGAUAGUGGACCAGGCGCACCAGAGGACCGUGGCCACCGACGUCCUCCAGGGCCUGCUGAAAGACGUCGCCCGGCAGAGGCCGGAGCUCCGGGUGGUCGUCCUCUCGGCCGUCAAGCCCGGCGCAAAGCAGCUGGCUCACUUCGCCGGCCCGACGGUGCCGGCGAUUCACCUGGAGACCCCCGGCGCCGGAGAGGUGGCGCACAGCAGCGCGGCUGACAGCUACUUCUGCUCCGCCGUCCGCCUGGUGCUGGAGAUCCACCGCUCCGGACAGCAGGGAGACGUGGCGGUGUUCCUCGUGACGAGACAGGAGAUAAAUCUGUCCUGCGACAUCCUCCGUCACGAGAGGCACGGCUUACCUCCAGGUCUGGGCGAGCUUCUGCCCAUCGCUGUGCAUCCUGGCGAGCCUGGAGAUCCAGCACACCCCGGGGAGGAGGAAGGAACACGCCGGGCCCGCAGGGUGUUCCUGACUUCCAGCCCAAACGAGGAUUUCUUCUGGGCCACCGGCUCAAUAAGCUUCGUCAUCGACGCAGGGCUUGAGAAGCGACAUGUCUACAACCCACGAAUCAGAACAAACUCUGUGAUCAUUAAGCCCAUCAGCCUCAGUCAGUCGGAGAGUCGCAGGCAGCUGGCAGGUCCGACAGGAAAGUGUUUCUGCCUGUACCCGGCGGACAGGCAGCUUCCAGCUGAGAUUACGCCACACAUUGUUGAGUCUGACAUCUCGUCCACGGUGCUGUUCCUGAAGAGGAUGGAGAUCGCCGGCCUGAGCCACUGCCACUUCAUCGACAGGCCAGAUCCUGAAGGCCUCAUGCAGGCUCUGGAGGAGCUGGACUACCUGGCAGCGCUGGAUAACGACGGCAACCUGUCGGAGAUGGGCAUCAUCAUGUCCGAGUUCCCGCUGGAGCCGCAGAUGGCCAAGGCCGUGCUGGCCUCCUGCGAGUACGACUGCGUCAGCGAGGUGGUCGUGAUCGCCGCCAUGCUCACUGCCCCGCCUUGCUUUGUGGUGCCCUCGAUGGAGCUGAGACAGGAGGCGAGCCAGUGCUACAUGAAGUUCCAGCACCCGGAGGGAGACCACUUCACCCUCAUCAAUAUUUACAAAGCCUUUAAGCAGUGCCAGCAGGAUCCAAGCUGCGACGAGCAGAAGUGGUGCGCCGAUUUCCACCUGAGCCACGCCGCUCUGCUGACGGCCGACGCCCUUCAGACCGAGCUCACGGACAUCCUGAGGAGGAUCGAGCUGCCCGUCUCGGUGCCCUCCUUCGGCUCCCGGAGCAACACGCUCAACAUCAAGAGAGCCCUGCUGGCAGGGUUCUUCAUGCAGGUGGCGCGAGAUGUGGAUGGCUCGGGGAACUACUUCAUUCUGACCCAUAAGCACGUGGCACAAAUCCACCCUUUGUCCGGCUACGGAGCCAAGAGCCCCAAGCUGGGCCUGCCGGAGUGGCUCCUGUUCCACCAGCACUCGUUCUCCGAAGACAACUGCCUCAGAACCGUGACCCCGAUCACGGCCGAGGAGUUCAUCCACAUGGCGCCGCACUAUUUUUUCUACAAUUUACCACCGAGCGAGAGCAAAGAGAUCCUUCAAAACAUUUUGAACCACGAAGCUUCACAGUAUCAAGAGGAAAAGGCUCAAACAUCACAAGAGGAACCAGAGGAGGACCAAGCACCCGAUCGCUGUGCUAUACAAUGA